CCCUCCCUCCCUACACUGUCAAGUUUAACACGGCAGAAAAAGAGAGUUCACCGAACAAGCUCUCUCCUCUCUUCUGACUGGUUCCCUCGCUUCACCUACAUAGCUAACGUAUCUUCGGACGCACACACUUUGAACACGCGUCCUGAACACGCAAACAUCAAUGCUUGUCAUAGCAUGAGCGACUCAACAGCGCGCAAUCCGCCGUGUCCGUUGCCGUAAUUUCGUUUCAAGACACUCUUAGGUUACCGCAACUUCCUCAGUAUCACCCUCCCUGUCUUUGCAGAGCACCGCCCGACAAACCAACUGGUAGGCUAACCGGCCCUGUAGCUCUUUAACGGACUGACUGACCAACGAACAGAGGAAAGAGGAGUACUUGGUCGUGCUCAACACCCUGUCGCCGGUAGCCUACUUCACACUGCGGAUUUGAACCGUCACCUCAGUUGUCCAUUUGGACGAAGAGCCCUGAGUGAUCAACGAGAGUGCUCAGAACAGAAACUACGGGGAAAAGUAGAGGGCACUAUCCUGUAUUUUAAGAAACACAGUGACCCUUGUCUCACCUGCUGAAAAACAGUGCGGGUCCGACCGCGAAAGAGCAACAGCCACCACCGGCAAAUCAGUGAGGUUAACUGUCCCCAACCAGAGGCAUCAUGGAUGAAAUGGAUCUACCCCAGAUGAAGAAAGAGGUGGAGAGCCUGAAAUACCAGCUGGCCUUCAAGAGAGAGAAGUCUUCUAAGACGGUCACUGACAUGGUGAAGUGGAUAGAGGAUGGGGUGCCCGAAGACCCCUUCCUUAACCCUGAGCUCAUGAAGAACAACCCCUGGGUGGAAAAGGGCAAGUGCGUCCUGCUCUAAAAGACAACCACCACCACAAACGACCCCUGACCUUGCCAUGACCUCUGACCCCUGUCCCCUACCUUAGAGCCUGGUUGGGGCAUGGCAGGAUAGACUCUGCUUUCUUUCACUAUGAAUGUACAACAACUGAUGUCUAGACCACACACACACACACACACACACAGCCCUCUAUGUCAAACUCACUCUACACUGCAGGUCAGUCCAGACCAGUGCAGAACACUCACUGCUCGUUGCCACGGUGAUCAAUCAAUGACAAACUCUAGUAUAUUAUUACAAUUACUUAAUGUUUCUAUAUGUUAUGAUGUAUAUGCAGUCAGUCAGUCAGCCAUUCAAUCAGCCAGUCAGUCAGUCAGUCAGUCACACAAUACUCGGUUUAACCCUUUCCCUUGUGCUCCACUCUGUCUAGUCAGACUAACUGAUGCAAUAUUGAACGUCCGUUUCCGUUCAUAUAUGUACGUCCACUCAGACUCUGAGGCAUUGCAAGGCUGCGUUGGAUUGAAGCAGAAGGUGUAAAUCUGUCAGGUCUAGCUGGUGCUGCUGAUGUUUCCAGCAGCGCUGUUGAGGACAUCUGUUAUGUAGUGUCAAACUGUCACUGCCAGACCCCCUCCGCCCCUCCCAGACAUAGACACACACGCCAUGAAGAUGAACCCCUGUAUCUUAUUAACUUAUCAAUCAUGUUUGUUUCAUUUGUUUAUUUAUUAAUUGAUAGGCUCCUCCCACCGAAUCCAUGUUUAUUUUAUUUUUUGUCUUCACUUCCUGUCCCUGGAACAAAACGGAUGAACAAACAACAACAACAACGAAGCAGCACCAACUUGCCAUAACACUCUACUGCCUUGUCCACAGUUUCCUUAAUGAGAGGCUUGGUCACUAGCCAUCACCUGGCCUCAGUGUGUAUCCCUGCACAUGCUCCAGUGUGUGUGUGUGUGUGUGUGUGUGUAGGUGCAUGUGUAAGCGCGUGUGUGUGCGAGUGUGCAAGUGUGCACGUGCAUGUGUGCAUACGCCUGCCUGUGUGCGCGUGUGCGUGUUUGCACUGAUUAUCUAAAUAUUGUCAUGAUAAGAUGUUGAAUGGAUUAAAGACACACACACACACACACUUUUUAAAUACUUGAAUCCUGAAAUCAAAUGAAUGCUGUAAUAUAGGAUUCAAACACUACUGAAGUUUGUGUACAUUGACACACAAGGAUACAAAUAUCACUUUCGUCUCACACAGCAAGACUGUCCAUGACUGCUGACAUUUUUUGCUUUUGUCUUAUGUAGACCACGCACACACACACAGCAUUACACACGCACACACACACAGCAUUACACACGCACACACACACAGCAUUACACACGCACACACGCAUUACACACGCACACACACACACACACCAUUACACACACACACACACACUGUGGCCAGGUAAAGGUGUUUGCUAAACAUUCGGUCUAACAAGUUGUGUGAGGUGAGGCAUGGAUAUUUUAUUGUAGAUUAUCAUGAUUUGUUAUUAAUAUUGUUAUAAUGAUUGUUAUAGUUACUAUAGUAAUUUGAAGUGUUGGGUUGGGUUUCUUUCCUGUGUGUGUGUGUGUGUGUGUGUGACCUCUAUAGCGUCUGUGUAACUGUCUAUCGACCUUGUAAUCCAUGUAAUUAGCUUUGGGACAUGAUUAAUAUGCAUCUGAUCAACUUCUAGUCUAACGAUGACGAGCAAUAAAGUUAGGGUACUUUUUUAUUGAAUGUUUUAUCUUAUGGAAUAAAGUAGAGGAUUUUUAGACA